CAAGUCCAAUCCUGUCAGGAACCAAGUCUCGCACAAAAUCGCGUUGUUUCCAAAUCCCCUUCCUCUUUCAGCUAACCUCCAAGAUGCCUACCAAGAAGUCCAAAACCAGAAAGCUCCGAGGACAUGUGAGCCACGGGCAUGGCCGCGUUGGGAAGCACAGAAAGCAUCCUGGAGGUCGUGGUAAUGCUGGUGGUAUGCAUCACCACAGAAUCAACUUCGACAAAUACCACCCAGGCUACUUUGGCAAGGUGGGUAUGAGACAUUACCACCUGAAAAGGAAUACAUCCUACUGCCCUACCAUCAACCUGGACAAGCUGUGGACGCUGGUGAGCGAGCAGACCAGGCUGAACUACGCCAAGAAGCCCGAUGGCCCUGCGCCCGUCAUCGAUGCUGUGCGCGCUGGUUACUACAAGGUCCUGGCCAAAGGCAAGCUGCCCAAGCAGCCUGUAAUCGUCAAGGCCAAGUUCUUCAGCCGACAGGCCGAGGAGAAGAUCAAGGAAGUUGGAGGAGCCUGUGUGCUGAUGGCAUAAUGUUCCUUUCAACAUGAUUUUGGCUAAAUAAACUGUAUAAAUGGAA